GCGAUGGUCAAGGUGGAGUGGCUGUAUCUGCUACUGUUCUGACACGGUCUUUACAGUGGAAUCGGGAAGAUGAUCUGAAGUGGUUCUAUGAAAUAUUUGCGCCGUUUAUUUUUUUGAGACCUAGGAAAUGCCAUGGCACAGCUGGUUCGGAACGCCUGGUGUUUUGACUUUUUUAGGUUUUAUAUUCUGUACCUGCGGUUCGGUCAAGACCUUUCCACAAUGUCUUUCGGGGGGUUGAACAGCAAGUUUGUUUCACAAUGUUUUCCUUGAGAAUCAAUUCAAUUCCAAUGUCUCUUCAGUGACUUCAGUGACAGAACCAGACCUUUGGACAUGUCCCUAGGCGUGGUUGUUCAGAGGACAGACACACACCAUUUUCCGGGUACAUGCUGGGACUAAGAAGACAUCAUGGCGGAUAAUCGUUAUUUGUUUGACUGUUGCUACGAACCUGGACAGUUGGGAACAUCCAAGUGGGAGUCAUAUGUUCAACCUGUUUUUCAUCCUGGCAUCGUUGACUACCGACAGGAACAAUACAGGGUUGUUUACAGGAAGAGGACGCUGCACCAGCAGUUCGAGAGCUACAAACAGGAAGUGAGGCGCAUCGGGGCGGACACCCGCCGCCAGCAGACCCAACACAAGGACGACGCCCCCACCUGCGGGAUCUGCAGAAAGACCAAGUUUGCCGACGGCUGCGGGCACCUCUGCUCCUACUGCCAGACCAAAUUCUGCGCCCGCUGCGGGGGGCGCGUCUCCCUGCGUUCCAACAAC